AUGCCUGAGAAAGUCUACAAAAAGUUCGAGGACGAUGACCCCAAGCCUUCAGUAGCCUCCAGCGAGAUCAAUGGGACGAGUAGCGGUACGAAUUUGGAGAAGAAGAAAAAAAAGAGCAGCGGACACACUGCUGCUACCAACACCGUGAAUGAGAGAAAGCGUUUCCCCGAUGGCACCCCAAAAUCCCAAUCUCCUGUCAAAUCAAAUACGGCCCAGACCUCCGAAGCAGACACCAUCGACAAACAGAAAACGAAAAGGCCCAAAACUAGUUCGUUUGCUAAUGAUGAUACCAAGAGCAAGAGUGCAAAGCCACAUGGUGUCAAUGGCACAGUUCCAGAGAAAGGGCAACGUCAAGACAAUGUAUCGAGAACUGGACAGGGUGUGCAGAAGACGCAGCAGAAUGGUGUUAGCAAACCUCAGUACAAUAGGAAUUCUCCUCAUAUUCAAGAACUUCUGAGGAUUGCCAAAGCUCUCGAAGAAACACGCAUGACUCUGCCUAUCUGGUCUCAGAAGGCCAACAUCCGAUGGUCUCUGCGGCUACACGACGUGAUGCUUCUCAACGGAGAGACAGGAUCCGGCAAAAGUACUCAGGUUCCUCAAUUCCUUUACACAGAGCCUUGGUGCCAGAGGCAAAAGGUCACGGUCGAGGAAAAUGGAAGAAAACAAGAAAUAAACGUUGGGGGCAUGAUUGCAAUCACACAGCCUCGUCGAAUUGCUGCCAUGACGCUCGCUCAGCGUGUGGCUCGAGAACUGGGUUCACCCCUCAAGCAAGGCCAAGAUCCAAAACUUGAAGGUAAAGUGGGGUUCUCCGUGCGAUUCGACACUUUCGUGCCCAAAGGCACCCGAAUAAAGUUUGUUACAGAGGGAACGCUUUUACAAGAGAUGCUUCACGACCCAUACCUUACCAAGUACAGUGCCGUUAUUGUGGACGAAAUUCACGAGAGAAGCGUGGAUGUAGAUCUCAUUGCUGGCUUUCUCCGUCAGAUAGUACAUGGCGAUAAGAAAGGUCGUGGUGGGGUCCCACUGAAAGUUGUUCUCAUGAGUGCAACGAUGGAUCUAGGAGGAUAUGAAGCAUUCUUCGCAAAGCCAGAAUGGGAUCCAACAUAUGUACCAGGUCAGAACUAUGGCAAGGUUCUCGCACCUCAUAUCCCGGAAAACGAGAAAUUACUGGACGAGCUGAAGAAACACGAAGAAGCCCCAAAGACCAAGCUGAAGAAGAAACCUGUCAAGAAUGGUGCCAUGAAGGAUGGAAAGGCGAACGGGACCAGAGACGCCCAAAAUAACGUGAAUGGUGGCUAUAAGAAGGCUGCAGGAAAGAAUGGAGAAGAGCCUAGGUCGCGGCGGUCAUCGACGGAUACGACAUGCUCAUCUUGGAGUGGAAUUAGUGACCCUAUCGAGAUGAUUGAAGAAGCGAAGAUCAAGACUAUUCCCGGCAUCCCAGAAGGCGAUAUCGAACCAAGUGGAGUGGGCAAUGAAUAUGUCCGUGGUCGACAAUACUCAGUUGAUAUCAUAUAUGAGCGCGAAAAACCUUUGGACGUCUUAGAACGUAUGCGUCAAGUCAUUAUUGACAUAAAUUCACAGGAAGCUCUUCCUGGAGACAUCCUUGCCUUUGUUACAGGUCAGGACGAUAUCGAAACGCUUCAACGCCAACUCAACCAGGAGGUUGCUAAAUCCGAGAAGAAGAAGGAGAAGGUUCCACGCAUGAAAGUAAUGCCACUUUACGGAUCACUGUCAGCGGAAGCUCAACAAGCGGCCUUUGAACCAGUCAGAGAAAGAUUCACGCGAAAAGUAGUCCUGGCCACAAAUAUUGCAGAAACGUCCGUCACGGUCUCUGGCGUACGAUAUGUCGUGGAUGGUGGUAUGGUGAAAGUUAAGCGAUACCGCGCAGCCUUAGGGAUGGACUCACUCUUGCCAACAGCUAUCUCCAAAGUAUCUGCCGUUCAAAGACUUGGCCGUGCUGCUCGUGAAGCCAAAGGGCGUUGUUGGAGAAUCUACACGAAGGAGCAGUAUGAAAGUUUCAAUGAGGAUGACAUACCAGAAAUACUGCGAAGCUCUGCGCUUGAGGCAGUACUAAAGAUGAAAGCUCGCGGCGUGAGAAAUCCCCUCACAUUCCCCCUGAUGGACAUUCCAGACACCGAAAAUCUCAAGAAAGCCCUCGGACAACUCGUCGGAAUGGGCGCGUUGGAGCAAACUCAAGAACUCACUGAGAUCGGAAGGAAAAUGGCCAGGUUUCCCCUUCCGGCUCAAUAUGGACGAGUUGUGAUCGCGGCUGCGGAACCAGAAGCAAAUUGUCUCUUGGAGGUUAUCGACAUAAUUUCACUACUUACCACCGAGUCUGAAAUAUUCGCAAAUCCCAAAUCAGAAGAAGACAACGAAGCGUUCGAAUCCAGCCGCAACGACAUCACCCGGCGUGAAGGCGAUCUUAUAACCCUUCUUACCACAAUGCAGCGCUAUAUCUCCGAGAACACUGACCGCAAUGUAUGGUGCGAGAAGCACCAUGUCAACGCCCGGGCCAUGCGGAUGGCGGUAAACAUCCGCAAACAGCUGCACACGCUUUGUUUUGACCAGAAGCUUUUGACUGAGCGUCCUUCCAACAUGCCGCAGCUAUUUGAACCGACGUCCCCCGAGAAGGCCGAGACAAUUCUCAAGACCUUUUUGGGCGCUUUCGGUACUAGAACUGCAACUCUACGACCCGAUGGUACAUAUAUGACUUUGCAACCGAAGAACAAAAUAGUGAUACAUCCAUCAAGUGUAUUGUAUGGGAGGAAGGUUGAGGCCAUAAUGUUCCUGGAACAUGUCUUUACGAAGAAGAAUUACGCAAAGAAAGUUAGCGCAAUACAGGCGCAGUGGAUUGUAGAAGCGAUGCAGUUUGAGCGUUUCAAAAGCGGGUAG